CUCUUUGCUCUUUGCACGUAACCGGGCUCGGAGGGAGCCUAGCAGAAGCAGUGCGCUUGCCCCUUUCGGGGGCAUUGGCUCAGAAUCCACAUCCCAGCCAUGCCGGGCCUGUACACAGUUGUGCUGGGGCUCCUGGUCUUUCUGCCCCUCAUGGGGAAUAUCUUCUUCCCCUAUCUUUGGUUGGACCUGGUCUUUCUCUUCUCCAUACUGUACAGAGCAUACAGAACACAGAAGUGUUUCCAACGCGUGCCUGUCUUCAGCAUGCUGGAUGUCUUCUUGGAGAAAGCCCAGAAACACCCGGAGAAGCCCCUGAUUCUCUUCGAAGACAAGUCCUUUUCCUACCGAGAAGUCGACCGGCGCAGCAGCCAGGUGGCCCGAGUACUCCAGGGCCAUGUGGGGCUGAAAGAAGGGGAAACGGUGGCUGUUUUCUUGAAGAACGUCCCAGCCUAUCUCUGGGUCUGGCUGGGCUUGGAGAAAAUUGGCUGUGCCAUGGCCUGCGUCAAUUACAACAUCCGAUCUAUGUCUCUGUUACACGUGCUCCGCUCCUGUGAGGUCAAGGUGCUUCUGACCACUCCAGAUUUGAAGUCGGCGAUUGAGGACGUCCUGCCUACUCUACAGAAGGAAGGGGUACGGGUUUUCUACCUGAGCGAUGACUCCCCAACGGAGGGCGUGGAAGCUUUGCUGGGACGGAUCAAAUCCAGCUCAGCGGAACCGGUGUCUCUUUCCUGCAGAGCCAAUGUGACGGCUCAGUCCAUAUCCAUGUAUAUUUUCACCUCAGGGACCACUGGGCUACCAAAAGCUGCUCCCAUCACCCAGAAGAAGCUGAUGACUGUGUCCCACAUGCUCAGGUUGUGUGGGGUGCGUCCCACGGAUGUCAUCUACGCCCCGCUCCCGCUGUAUCACUCGGCAGCCCUUCUCAUUGGCCUUGGAGGGUGCUUGGAGGUUGGAGCCACAUGCGUCUUGAGGUCUAAGUUCUCCGUUUCCCAUUUCUGGGACGACUGCCGACGCUAUCGUGUCACUGUGAUCCAAUAUGUGGGAGAAAUAAUGCGCUACCUGUGUAAUGCACCUAAGAAGGACAGUGAGCGUGACCACAGCGUGCGAAUGGCAGUUGGGAAUGGCAUGCGGGUGGAGGUCUGGAAGGAGUUCCUGCGCCGAUUCGGAUUCCUCCAGAUCUAUGAAUUCUAUGGCGCUACAGAGGGGAAUCUUGGAUUCCUAAACUACACAGGGAAAGUUGGAGCGGUGGGAAGGGCCAACUCCAUCUACAAGAAAAUGGUAAAGUUUGAACUUAUUCGAUAUGACGUUGGACAGGAUGAGCCCGUGAGAGAUGAGAAAGGGCUUUGCAUCCGAGUGGCCACAGGUGAGACAGGUUUACUGGUGAGCAAGAUCACAGCACGCAACCCAUUCAUUGGCUACGCAGGAGAUCGUCAGUUGUCGGAGAAGAAGAUUCUCCAGAAUGUCCUGGAGAAAGGAGACUGUUUCUUCAACAGCGGUGAUCUCAUGAUGCAAGACCACGAAGGCUUUCUAUAUUUUCAGGACCGAAUGGGAGAUACUUUCCGGUGGAAAGGAGAGAACGUGGCCACUACAGAGGUUGAGACGACCCUGGCAACACUGGAGUUCAUUCAGGAAGUCAAUGUAUAUGGGGUACCGGUGCCAGGGCACGAAGGAAAGAUCGGCAUGGCAGCCAUAAGGCUGAAGGACGGGCUCUCCUUUGAUGGGAAGAAGUUGUAUGCACAUGCCCGGCGUUACAUGCCAAGCUAUGCCAUACCUCAGUUUGUCCGCCUCAGGGAAGCCCUGGAGAUCACAGGGACUUUCAAGCAGUGCAAAAGUCAGCUAGUGAAGGAAGGAUUCGACCCUGCUGCCAUCAAUGAUCCCCUCUUCUUCCGAGAUGACUCAGAAAAAUAUUACGUGCCAAUGACUCAGCAGAUCUACAGCUCCAUCACAGAGAAGAAGCUGAAGCUGUGAAAGGGGCUUCCAGGCACACCAAACAAUUGUCUUCUGCGUGGACCUAGUGGCGCAGGGAGCCCAAGAACAGCUAUGGCUUCUGCUGGGAGGGAUUGAUCUGCCAACCUAAGACAGAUGUUUGUGUAUUUUUCCUUGAGAAAUCUGCGCAAGUUAGUUUGGGGUACUAAAUAUACAGUGUAUUUUGUUUUAUCCCCUCCACCCCACAAUGACUGUAGACUGUGUCCUUCUUUGCUCAAGGUAUGUCAUGGAAAAUAUAUGUGCGCAGCAGUAACAAGAGUUCCCUGCUCCAAAGCCACUGGGAUGCUUUUGCUUCCUAUCACACAAAUGCAAAUCGUUGUGUACGCAUAUACAGAUGCAGCCCAGGGCCUAAUGUGAGCCAGGAGGCCCUAGUGAGAAACCUGGAAUCUGUUUUCAGGAAAUAGGGGUUGACUGACCUUUCCCAGAUGCCACUUUUGUGGGUUUCAGAGAGACCCAUCUGUGUGUCGUUCACAAUUGAUGGUGAUGCAUGGAAACAUUGCCUUUUAAAUUCAGGUGAAACUUCUCCCAGCCACCAAAAACAAUGGGUUGGAUCCAGAUUUAUGCUGGAUCAAUGGCACGCAUGGAAGUGGACCUUUCAGUUCCCUCCUUCCCACAGCAGCCCCUCCAAGUCCCUGAAAAUGCUACACAGAGAGUCAGGAGACCCUCCUGAAUGUGAUGAGCUGUGGUGUGAGGAGAUCCUCCCAAAUUGGACAGAGAGGAUCACAUAAAAUUGAGUGGAGGAUGUUACGUUAACAGAGCCCUUCCUCUCAUGGAUGGCCUCUUCCUCUCCCACAGGGCAAAUUCUGGAUUCCCAGUGUGUUAUACAUGCACCUAAGUUGGCAUCUCCUGAUCUCUACUAGCCUGCCUCAUGUAGAAGGAAAAAAACACAUUUUCUUUAAGCUAGUUUUACAUGGCCAGAACACCCCUGCCCUGGGGGAGAACAACAGAAGAACUAGAAAUGGUGCUGACUUUCAGGAGGGGCCUCCAGGUUAUGGUCCCAGAAACUGGUUCAAAAGUGGAGGCCUCUUUGUAGCCAACCAGAGAGGCUGGGAAACAGCUACUAUCACCUUAGAGCAUUCUCCAAGGUCAAUGCAUAUAGGAUUGCAAUCAGGGCUGCCCAUGACAUUUUGCUGCCUGAGGCAAGGGACAAAAUGGCUCCCACCUCCUUUCCAUGUAGGGAAGCCAAUUGGGCCAGCCGUUGAAUCUUAGUUCAAUUCUGGCAAUGGGGUAAUCCGAGAACAGCAGAUUAGUUUAGCGGGUGCAGGGCAGACAGUGUGGCAAACACAGAGGUCUUCCACGAUUGGGGAGUGGCUGGGGAUUCAGGUGGAAUGGCCAGGGGGUUGCCGCUGCUGCCUCCCCCAGCAUCUGCCACCUGAGGCAUUUGCAUCACUCUCCAUAACGGUAGGGCUGGUCCUGAUUGCAGUUGCAACCAGUCACCAGCACAUUCUGAUAUGUGGCAGAGGAAGAGAAAGAAAAGUAGUGAGAAUGGAAAGUGUGCCUAGUUGCCCAAUCUGCAAUGCAGCCGCUGCCACCCAGGCCACUUUGCUCAUCACGAUAGAGGAGCUGGCUCCAGUUCCCUUGAGGCAGAAUAGCCAGGAGUGUAAAGCAGCUGAUUGUUAGGGAGGGUGUUCUAAAAAUAAAACACUCGGGAUGGUUUGCAAAAACUUUGCAGCAAGGCUGUAGUUAAAUAUGGACAAGGGUGGAGCAAGAUAUGGCGGAUGGGUGUUGGGCACAGUUAUUUUUAGCAAAAUGUUUCUAGAGGGUGUGGCAGGAUAGGAGAGAGAGGGUGGCAACAGGAUCAGCCCAAUACAUUUUUCUCCCUGAGGCAAAGGACAGGUUGCCCCCCCUCCCAUUCCAUAUACAAAAGCUGACUGGACUGGCAGUUGAAUCUUUCGUCAACACUGGUGAUGGGACAGCAUCCACCACACAUGAACACAGCAAGCCAACUUAGCGGUUACAGGGCAGAUAAUGUAGUUGUGGUGCCACUCCCUUCAGCAGACAAACCCUGACUCUCUCACUGCCAACUCUAAACUCUCUAACUGCUCUCUACUACUAACUGAUUUUCAACUGUCCCCCCUUUCACACACUUGAAUCCAACAGCCAAUCAGCAUUCACUCCAACAUUCCAUGCACUCACUCCCCCUCCCAACAGAAUUAACCACUUACCAACCUUAUCAUAUGAAAUCCAAACAGCAUUUAUAAUAGAUAUAUGGCAUCAAAAACAGUAAAACAUCACACCCUUCAUCUUGUGGAAGGUCCCGUUCUCUCAGAUCCCACCCAUUAUAAUGUGUACCCCCACAACAUGUUCAAGAAAGAGCUGGUUAGGACAGCUAUGUGUACGCAUUGUUUGUGUGGUCAUCUGGAUUCUG